AUAUAGUGAAUGCAGGGUCCGGGGAGAGCGGAUAUAGUGAAUGCAGGGUCCGGGGAGACCAGAUAUAGUGAAUGCAGGGUCCAGGGAGACCGGAUAUAGUGAAUGCAGGGUCCGGGGAGACCGGAUAUAGUGAAUGCAGGGGUCCGGGGAGAUCAGAUAUAGUGAAUGCAGGGUCCGGGGAGACCAGAUAUAGUGAAUGCAGGGUCCGGGGAGAGCGGAUAUAGUGAAUGCAGGGUCCGGGGGGAGACCAGAUAUAGUGAAUGCGGGGUCCGGGGAGACCAGAUAUAGUGAAUGCGGGGUCCGGGGAGACCA